GCAAAUCGCUCGCUUUCCACCGGGUGCUCUUGCGACUCUCCAGAUUACUCAAGCUCCCUUAAUCAUCGUCUACUACCAAAAUGUUCAUUAAUACGCACCUAAACGUCCUCCUCGCCGUAUCGCUCAUCGGAUCCGUGGCAGCCGAUACUGGAGAUGACUUCUCUAACAAUCUGUUCUCUGACCUGGCGCCACUGCUAGCGCUCUUCGGAGAACGAGUUACCAUGCAGUUCAUGAGCCAGUCAAUGGGCUGGGCUGAUAACUUCAUAUUAGCAAUGGCUCCCCUGGGUAUCAUCACCGCCAUCGUCAGUGCCAUCAGAGUUGGGGGGCCUUCAUGGCUCAAGGCUCUUAUUGGGAGAUCCAGAGAGAAUCUUGCAGUCGCUGAGGCAGACCUCAUGUCCUCCACCUCUAAGGACGUCUGCGAACUGUGGAAUGGCCAAGAGGUGGUGAGGUGUAUGGGGUCAGCGGAGAUUGUGGAGUUUAUAUGCCUGUUCCCCAUCAACAGCCAGAACAUGCCGAGUAGUGGAGAUGGUUCAAAAAUAGUGACGCGGGAACUGGAAAAUGCAAUAGAGACCGGUCAUCUUAUAGAAGUUGGUCAGUGUUCCGAUUUAACUAUUCUCAGCCAAACACUGACAUGUCCUUAG